GGGUUUGGAGGGGGGAGGACGGUCCUGUGGCUGGAGUGGUGGAGAGGCGUGCCGCUAAAUCUCACUCCAGCAUUCUCCAGUUCUCUCAGUUCAGCUGGAAAAUCCAGGAGGGAGGAGGAGGGGGAUGGUGUGCCCAGGGAGGAGGAUGCUAUGGGUGACGUUUGGCAGGGCACGUCUUCCUCGGUAGGUGGGCAUACAGGAAGUAGAGAUUCCUCCUCCUUGCUUGAGCAGGGUGGGUCCUCUAAGGAGAGCGGUGGUAGAAGAAGUACAGACUCCUCCUUCUGGCUUGAACCAAAGCUUUUUGUGGUCUUUUUGUGGUCUUCAGGUCUCAUCCUGUCUCCUGUGCAUUGUUUUACUAAGUUUAUGUUGGAUUUUACCCAACAUAAUGGCGAGCCUUAGCCAGAAUUCAUGUUGGGGGACAAGGGACUGUAACUCUGCGAACUAUGGGAUGAGGACACUUUGUGCACACAAAGGAAAAAGGUAGGAGAUUUCCUAAAAUUUGGUUGAGAGUUCUUUUCCCUGUGAGGUGGUGCAGACUACUGUUCUCUGUCCUCUUCGAAUCAAAGAACCUAGAAUAGAAAUAAGAGGAGACAGUGGAAAUGAAGAAAGUCUGAGAAAACUGCAUGCAUGCAGUCAGCUGAUCAAAGUGUGCUAAAUUUGGGAAAGGAAGCCAAUUUAAAUUGGAUAUAUAUCAGCUGAAUAUAGGGGAAACUGCCGUGGGUUGUGUGAGACCGUUAUAUGUGGAGCUAGUUAGACUGGGUGCUAAGCGGCACAAGGCCAGUAGUUGUGUGCAACUAGCUAGACUGGGUGCGGAGCAGCACAGGCCAGUAGUUGGGUGGACACCAGACUGCAGACAGCCUGGCCCGGGCUGUGAUGUGUUCGUUUUUAGGCUGAAAGCCUGGUGAUAAGGAGGUCUGUUUAAGUGUUGAGAUAACAAGGGGAGCGGCAGGCACGAGUGUGUCUGUCCAUUGUUAAACUGUGAGUUUUAGGUCAUUCUUUUAUGAGCUCUGAAAGGUGGUAGCUGACGGACAAGCAGAUUCAUCUAGUAAUACAUACGCGGAUUUUCUUUCUGGAAAACUCCACUAGAAAGAAGGAUUUGUCAUGCGGAGUUCCGCUGAGGCUUAAGAAAAAGACAAAAGGAGAAUGAAAGUGGCAUAUUUCCUCAGAAAAUCUAAACCAGAGUGUAGAGGGCCGAAUAAUCAUAAUGAGGCACUAAUACAUAUCUGAUAUGUAUAUAUAUGUAUAUAUAUAUAUAUAUAUAUAUAUAUAUAUAUAUAUAUAUAUAUAUGAGCAGGAGAUAGAAAAAGAGGUCAAUAAGGAUAGGGUGAAAAGCCUAUUCAGGGGUCCCAAUUGCACAAGCACGUCCCAUAUCUCCUGACCAAUUGUAGAAAAAUCACACAAAUUGGAAAAAUCAAAAAAAGAAUCAAAAAUAAAAACUGAGGACUGACCCUCAACACAGGAAUUGUAGGAAUGUUAAAAAAAGUACAAAGCACUUAAAAUUAAUUUAAAGAGUAAAGAAGGUGAGGACUGCUGACUCACCCCAGUGACUGACUUUGACUUAAGACAAACACGUGUGAAGGGGUAUACCAUUGUGUGAUGAAAAAGUUAAGUGUGUGGAUUGAUUGGAUGUUUGUGUGUCUGUUUUGCUCUGUGUCAACUCAGUUCUCUGGCAGUGUUCACAGCCAGACUCUGCAUCUGUGUGUGUGUGUUAUGUUAGUCAAAGAUUGCUGUGUUUUUCUCACUUGUGUUUAUUUUAUAGUCGUUUAUGUGAAAACUGUGCACACUGCAGACAUGCUAUCAGUUGAGACCAAGAAGGUUAAAUACUCCUGGGAAAGAGGUUCUGUUCUUAGUAUCAUGAUGAACACUCCUGAUAUGAAGGUUUUAGCUUAUGCUUCAAUAUUAUGAUUUUUUUGUUGUUUACACAUGUCUUAUGCUCCCUAACAAAUUUUAUGUGUUAAAGCUGCUGAAAUAAUGUUUAUGAAAAUAUAAAAGAUACAAAAAUUGGAAAAAGAAAUGAGGUACCACAAGUGCAAAACUUCUAAAACUUCAAAUCAAAGGGUUGCUUCUAUACAUUUGCUUUUUCUGCUUAAAUACUGUGGUUUUUCGAAUAUUGUUGAAGCUGUUAAUACCAAUAAUGACUAUUGCUGUGAGACUUCAGUUAAUGUAAAAGUUUUGUACUGUGUAAUUUUUGAGAAUCUUACAAAACUGCUGCGGAUCAGGUUUUGGUGUGCAUGUUCAUUUGAAGAAGUGUUGAAGUGUUGCAUUUUAAAGGGUGACGCAAGUUAAGAUUGAAGUAGGGUGUGGCAAGUGCUGUUUGAUUAGUGAAUGUGUAAAAGACUGACAUUGAGAAUAUUGUGGCUUUGAUUGUGACAUAGUUUGAAGUAAGGCAAGGCUUGGAAAAACGGUGCGACAAACAGGGAAAGACAAGAUUUGCUAUGGUAGACAGCAAGAAAGAGUUUGAGCUAGCCGGGACUGAUAAGGAGGAAGGAGAGUGGAGUUUUGUAGCAAUAUUCUCCUACUCCCUACCCCCUUCCCUUUCUCUCUUCGCUUGCGUGGUGCAUUGCUCAACCCCCCUCCUAUGUGAAAUCCUGACUUUGUGUCGGGUCUGUUUUGUUCUUUUUUUUUCCUUUUUCUGUGGCAAUGGGUGACUGUGUGUUCUGGAUUAGAGAUCAGACAAAGGGUAACUGAAAGUGUUGAAGUGUGAAAAGGGUAACUGAAUGUUGUUAAAGUUGAUAAAAGGGACAGAGAAGUAUAAUGAUAAUGAUAAUAAUUGUUUUCUUUCCAAAGCAAGAAAUAAAACAAAUAGGUUUACAGGAACACUGCUGAUCAAGGCUUUAGAACAAAGUAAUUCAAUAGAAAUAAUAAAUUCUACAAAAACCAUGACCAGAAAGGAAAAAUUAGUUUAACUCCAGUUGCAUUGGUAGGGUGUAAAGAUCCUGAACACUUAAAUGAUAUCCAAAAAUUUACAAAGAAAUGGGGACAUUGAGUCAAGGGGUAAGAAUUUUUAUGACCUAGGGGAGGCACAUCUGAUGUGACUGUGUGUAAGGAUUUGGAGCAGCAAUUUGAAGACCAUUAACACAAAGAUAAAAGUAAAACACGCAAAAAACAAGAGAUUUGGAACUUAAAGCACUGAACAUGUUCAAAAGUGAUGGCCAAUACUAUUUUAUGAAUAAAUUAAAGAUUGGGUUUUCAGAGCUAGAAAGCAAUGAGGAGAAGGUGGAGAAAAGAAAGUCACAAACAUGGAAAAUAGGUAAAACAUAAAAGAGAUUUUGCAGCCAAAUUCAGUAUCAGAAAAUGUAGGAAAUUAUCCUUCUCUUUUAGGGAAAGCUGAUAUAAUAUGUGAUUUUGAGUUUGCUGAGGAAGACAAAGCCUACAACAAACCUUUGCCCGAUUCCCUAAAGCAGUGGCCUCCAUAUGGCAGACCGCGGUCCACUUCCGGACCAGGAAAGAGUCCAAUACGGACCCGAGCCUACCGCAGAAAAAUGUAUGUUUUUUUUCUCAGAUUCAGAUUUAUCCGGUUUGAGUGCUCCAAACUCCCAUUUUGGUGUGGUAAGGAGGCCUAAUCGGACAUAAAUAUGUGCGGUUUGAAAUAUAUCCGCAUUCGUGUAGUUCGGGCCUCAGUUCUCAGUUGCCAAUCAGACUACCCUGCCAGCUGUCAAUCAAAAUCAGAGAGGAGGAAACCCACCCCUGCACAUGUUCUGCACAUGGAGUUACUCGCUGGCUGCUGGUGUUCAGCCGAGAAACGGGUGUCUGCUGAGAAUUACUUUCGGAACUUUACUGACUGUUAAGCCCAACAAAUAAGAACUAUAUGGGUUUUAAAUGGUACAUUUCCAUGGACCACUCUAUUAUAAGUGGUGCGCGUUUUGCGAGGUGCAUGCAAUUCUAGGAGGACGUGCGUUUCUCGGCACAACACCGCUAACAACAACAACAACGAUUGCAAAAUGAGCAACGAACAAGAGAAAACCACCGAAAAUUAAGAUUUGUUGCCAAAAAGAAAAGGAAAGUCAGUUAUCUGGAAUUGCUUCGGUUAAUAGAAGGAUGAUGUUGACCAAAACACGUGUUCUGUGUUCAUCUGUCACCACAAUAACGUCCCAGCACAAUAAAAGCUAAAAAUAUCUCUGAGACAGACAGAAGCCAUUCUAACAUUCACAAAAAGAGGUAAGAUCAGUGCAGGUUAACUGUCCUCAAGACUUCAGCAGUGCAGUAUAACAUUAAGUGCUAUUCAGGUCAUCUGGUGAAAAUUCCUAUAUUUUUAAUAUCGCAAAAUAUAUCGCAGGGUUGAAAAAAAUUGCAAUGUUAGUUUUUUCCAGUAUCGUGCAGCCUUACUCUCUUGCUUUGUGCCUGGUUCAGUAAACUGCACGCGUAAUUUCAGCAAGGCAUUACAUCACUUGCUUACUCGUUUGACUUGUCAAUCAAAUUAGACCUCUUAGCCUACUCGACACACGAAGAUUACCGGCAGUCCCGAUAUUGAAAUCUGUCAGGCGGCAGACUGAGGAGAAAGUUGUAGCAGCAGCUAAACAUGUCGGCUUUAAAACCACGAAAAGUAGAGAAUGAGAACAGGGUGUUUUAUGGCAAGUGGACCGAGUCAUUUGCAUUCAUUUUACCCGCAGGAAGCACACAGCCAAUUGAAAGUAGGCAGUUAUUGGCAAUACAAAUGAAGUGAAUAUUUCAAAAGAGUAAUGCACUGUAAAAAUAAAUAAAUAAAUAAAAAUCCCUGGACCCAGGCCUGCAGGCAUUUCAUUCAGGUGGACCCACUGAAAAUUUAUAUGAAGACCCUUGCCCUGAAGUAAUGAUCAUAAGUAAUUGUUAUGUGAAUGAUAAUGAUGAUAGUGCUGAACAGUCAAAUUGGUUUAAUCUGGGUAACAAUAACAUAGACUUGCCACGUGAACUCUGUCACCCAAUAGUACAAGUAGUAGUAGCACAAAUACUUCCCAGAUUAGGUAAGAAGCAGGGCCCGCAAAUAUCAUGUGACCCUGCACAAAAUAUGAUCUUAGAUAUAGGCCUAGAUCACAGGUGUCAGGCUCAAGGCCUGGGGGCCAAAUCUGGCCCGUGGAACAAUUAAAUCUGGCACAUAAGAUCAGAUCAUAUUUGUAUUAUUUUUGGUCCACCAGUAUGAAGUCUGCAGAUUUCUUCCAGUAUAACAAUGUAAACUUUAGCACCUUUAUUUAAAAUGUCCUUAGUAAGCCAGGAAAAUCUGGAAAACUAAAGAGUAAGGAAGAUUUGAUUUGGUCAAGAAUAUGGGAAAAAAUAUAUAUAUUUGGUGUUUUAUUUUAUGUUUUCAAUUUUGCAUCUCAAGAUUACAAGUCAAACAUGAUUGGAUUUUUAUUUUUUCGUGCUUUGAUUUUGUUCAACUCAGUAUUUAGACUUGUGUCAUUUUAAUACUUUAGAUUCCAAUUUUAAAUUUUAAGUCAUAUUUUUACCUUUAAACCUGAUUUCAACGUUCUUCUCGUGUAUUUGCUGUUUAAAUGCAUUAUUUUUCUGUUUUUAAUAUCAUGCUCUGAUCUUUUGAACUAAAUAAAUAUAAUAGAAUAAAAACUAAAAUGUUUCUAUCUCAGGUUUUAUCUCUUUUGAAUUUCCAAAUGAUUUAUAAUCAUUGCUAUUUUUGUUCCAUAUGUUUUGAAAAGGAAGUUGACAGUUUUGGUGAAAUGUUGACCCUCUUUGGCCCUCAGGUUAGACCUAAAUCCAGAUUAUGGCCCUUGCUGUGGUUGAGUUUGACACCCCUGGCCUACAUUAGGUUCACCUGAAAAUGCACUGAUAGUAUGUUUUCAAUCUUAAAAAAGGGCACACUGGCUAGCUGUGUGCUGUGGAAAACCACAUACCUUGUUGGGCUGAUUGCCAGACGACCACAAACUGAACAGGGGGCAGGGAGAUGGAUACGAGUUUGAGACCAGAAUUAUCUGUCUGUUGGAACAUUUGAACUCUGCGGGAGUCAAGACGAGUCUAAACAAAGUGUUGAGGGUCAGAACAGUAAGACAUGUCAUCAUGGGUAGAAUUGAUAUGACAUACCCAUGAUGACAGAACACACACACACACACACACACACACACACACACACACACACACACACCUGACAGCAUGAAAGGGAGUAGAGGAAAAGCUAGGGAGGCUUCCCUCGGUCUUGGUCGAGACUCUGUUGGUCUGUACUGAUUUCUACAUCUGUACAAUAAAAGACGCCCAGGCUGUUCUUCAGAUCUCAUCCUGUCUCCUGUGCAUUGUUUUACUAAAUUUAUGUUGGAUUUUACACAACACUAUUAACUUAGCUUCCUCCAACUUCAAGUGAUCCACAAGGAUCUGGUACCUAAAGAAUUUGGUACAGUCUGGUGGGAGCAGAUUCUCCAAGGCAAGGCGGAGUCUAGCAAACUCACUGGGGUCUGGCUAAAUGAGCUUGGGGAUUGUAGGUUUGGGGCCUCUAUACACUAGUUCUGAUACAGGACUCUGUACAGGGUGGUUAGUGGGGAGAGAGCUGGGCAUCCCCCUGGUGGCUGUUGGUGGAGGUGCUGUUUUAGGCAGUACUGGGGGUCUUGAGCCUGUGUCGGCAGGAGCAGGAUGCAAGGGUGACUGAGAGGGCUGCACCAGGGGAUGAGGAUGAGGAUGAGGAUGAGGCGGGGUCUGAUCAUCAGGGGUAGGACAGGUGAACUGAUAAUGUGAUGAGGUGGUUAUAGGGGGCUUAUAGGUUGACUGGGCUUGAUCUGACAAACUGUGAAGAGGGAGGUUCUGCUGUGUGUCUUGUUGUGCCAGGUUGAGACUACUCUUGGCCUUUGGCAGGUUAUCCUCAGGUUCAGGCCAGGGUGGAGGAGGAGGCCAGUCCUCUUCAGCUUCUUCGCCGGGCUGUGGUAAAAUAGGAUUGGGCUUGGAGGUUGCAGCACUGACUACAAGGGGUCUAUUGCUGCUGUGACUUGAGGCCGAGCUAGUUGGCCGUUCCAUAUCCUCCCUCAAUGAGCGAGCUACACCUAUUAGCUCUUUCAUCUCCUUUCAAGCUUCAUACAGUUUCUUCAAUGUAGCCUGAGAAACAUGUUGGGACUUUAGCAGCUUUGCGUUCUCUUCCUGGAUGCUUCAGAUAUCUGAAUAGAAGGAGGGGUCUCGAUAAAAACUCCAUGGCUGUGAGGUGGGAGCUCCAGGUAGGAUUUCUGUUGCUAGGGUUCUCCUUGGGGGGUGGCUUUAGGCUAGCUGAGGUGUCUCAGAGUGAGCAGCAUCCCUAGGGAAGCCACCAGGAGGAGGCUGAGGUGAGUAACAGGGGUGGGGUGGGGGGGUGGGGGGGCAGCUGAUUCUUUUAGGUUAAUUACAGCAAACAAGAUGUGGUGUCGGUCAGGACACGGGGAAGGAGGAAACUGGCAUCUCUUCUUAUACUGGUGCUUUAUUCUGACACGUGGAUAUAUGUAUACAUAUAUAGUUCUGAAAAUACAAAACAGCAAAAUACAAUAUUAUUUCUCAAGUCAACAACUUCCUUCAUGUGUUCACAGGUACAGUAAGAAUAAACUCCAUUCAAAACUAUCCUCUGUAUAUUUAUCAGAAUCUAACAAUGCUCAGAAUGCAUCCACGUGACAGAAAUUCUGCGCUACACAUGCACCGCUCUCUGCUGAUUAAAUGAGGGAGAAAACACAAGCACUCACAGACAGCGCACGUCAGCUCACGCAUCGGCUCUGAAGGACUGAUUCAGGAGUUAUAAACAACAAUGACAUUCAUACACAUGGAACCGCUACGUAUUAGCAAGAUACGGCUAUAGAUAUCCCAUCGCAAUCCCCAAACAAGGUGAGGAUGAGACACAGCAGUGAGAGAUACACACGUUACCACCGACAUCUUAUUCUAACAAACUAACCAGGCAAUAAAAAACGCAGCGAUCUGAACGAUACUCACUUUUUUCAUUCACUAAUACCAGAAGUAUAUCUACUUCUCCGCGCCGUAGCGUUAUCAUUUACUGUAGCAGCAGGAGGAAGGGGUGGUGCUCCCCCUUUCAAAAUAAUAGCCAUUUAUACAUUAAUACAUUGUGUUUGCAGGAAAUUUUAGUUUAUUUUAUACUUUUAAAUGUAUUCAGUUGUUCUCAUUGAAAGUAAUCUGUGUUUAUCAGCUGUUCAAUAAAUCUUAACAACUAAAAGUACUUCAUUUGUAUAUUUUUUUACAUUUAUUUUGAGACAGUGUAGUUUUACAGUCCUUAAAAGGGGCAAAAUAAUAGCAAUAAAUGGGCCCAGGGGAGUCAUACCAUCAGUCAUUACUGCCACUGCCCCUUCUAUUGGCUAAACUUUUUUGCGUAGGGGGCACAGUGGGUAGUUAUCGUCCAUUUAUCGUUACCAAGGUGUGUUGCUCAAUAUAUUGUGUAGCGAUUUCAAAUUCAAAAUAAAUGUCGAGAAUUAAUCAAAUUAAAUUAUGACAUUUAUGCACUCGUUGAAGGGGCACCACCCACCUUUCUGGUGGGAAAAAGGACGAAACAAAGUUCAAUUGAGUAAUUAAACGUUGGAUCAGUCUUAAACAGAUUUAAAUCAGUCUCUCAUCUGAGGCCGGAAUUCUUCAUUCAGGGACUACUUUCUGAAAGACCACUAAGACGACAACUUAAAAUUAAAUGGACAAUUUAUUAACAAGCUAUAUGAUAACAAAACGUCAAUAAAUGAUGAUCAAAUAAUGAGCAAAUCAAAGCACAUCUAAUGAAUAAAAGAAGGAAUGGUUUAAGUUAAACCUAAGACUGGAGGUUAAUAAUAGUGAGUGAAUAAGGGGAAAUUUAACCUACGUUAACGGAGUUACGAGGGUAAAUAAAAAGGAAUUUGGAGAACUAAACUAUAACUUAUAAGAGUAAGCUACUGAACGGUUGACAGCAUCACCCAGUUCUCAUCACAGCAGUUUAGAGGAUUUUGCCUACUUUGGAUGUCGGUUCUCCGCGGCACUCUUGGAAUGGAUCAGCUGAAGUUCUGUGGCUACCGGACCGGAUACUGAAGGUUCAGCGGGGAGUUCUUCCGCCGUGUCUGGAUCUCAGCUUCAGGACCGUGUCAGCGCCGUUAGAUACUUCGGAUCUCUGGGCCUCUCGGAACCAGGUGGCAAAGCAGCUCAGCAGAUGAUGCUGGUCGGCGUUCAGGACUAGCUUGGUUGCAGAUUAAUUUGCGCCAAUAACUUAAGAAAAUAAUUUCGCUGGCCAGCCGAUAUUAUCUUCAGGAGUCACUUUAGCGAACAAAAUAAAUAAAAAGACUUAGACUGAGGUUCUCUUAUGCGCGCAGCUUGUUACUUAGGCUUUAAUCGACUUGGGUAUUCUUUCAUCCAAGUUUUAGAACAAAAAUCUGAGCUUAAGGCAAUUAAUAAAAACGCGGGGAAAAUUGCGAACUAUAGACGGAGACAAAGAAAACUACGAAGAAGACAAACUAGACAAAGAGCAAACAAGACUAAAACAAAACACGACAAGACUAAAACAAGACUAGAACAAGACAAAACUGAAGAGGCGGCAAAAUCUCAACUCUUUUUAAGCGAUUCACCGUAGGCGUGAACCAAAGAUGAGAAAAGGGGGGGACCUCCCCAAUGCAGCCCAUCGACUGGCAGCGAAUUAACUCAACUUGAUAGUAAAAGCGAGCUAGAUCUAAUUUACUCACUCACUAUGAUUAAACUGUUUGUAACAUCACAUACGAUCACAUUUACUUCAUUGUUUCUUAUGAGCAGAUGCAUUAAAGCAUGACAUUGAAACCAGUAAACUUUUGAUCAGCUGCCUUCUUGAUAAUAACAGAGGACUUUUAAAAGUUAGAGAGGGACAGAAAACAAAUUAUCUAUUCGAACAGAAACACCAUCCAGCAUAAGAAACACAUCCGUAAUAAUAUUUGACAACACUAUAACCUUGUCAAUCAAGCUUCAUAGAUGAUUAAUAUAUAUAUUUGUGCGAGGUAGACAAAAGCAUAGUAUGGAUACAUUCAGAAACUCUUAACUUGAGUCUAAACGAGUUUCCCGUUACUACUUCUAAACUACUAGCCUAUCUUGGGAAUACCAUUUACUAAGCUACGAAGCGUAUAAAACAAAAGGGAAGAAAUACACAUGAUUAGAUUCCUGCCAUUUGGCUCUGAUCAAACCAUAUUCAGGCAUCACCACUAGGAGGAGCUCUUGGUCCAUGGAAAACCUGGAAUAAAUUUGUGAAGUUAACAGUUUGGCUUGUGGAUAUGUUACAGAAUUGGGAAAAAGACCAUUUCAUUAAGAAUGUGGUGUACAGACAGAAAAUUCUGGUGAAGUGUCCAUUAAACAUGAAGUUAAACCAUUUUCAGGCAUCCUCUUCCUUCUGCUCUGUAAAGAAAGCCAAGGAAUUUUAUGGCAGGUAUCUGGUUUUUCAGAUUUGGCGCCAAAUGGUUGGUUUUCCCUUUUAGGUCAUUGGGUUAAUCCUGAAGUGUCAAUUCUGAUCUUUCCCAGCCAGGGUGAGAGACUCCGUGUUUAUGGGUCUGUGUGGUUGAUAAGCAACUUGUCCUUUUUGGGAAGCGUUAAAGAUUCACUAUCACCUCCCAAAUGGUUUCCUGGGUCGUAAAUGGGAACUUGGUGUGCAAACCGUUUCUCCCCCAUUUCCUAUCCAAACCAGGGGAGCCUGCAUCCCUUUGAGGGGUGAAUUCAAUGUGGAUAGCAGAAAGCAGUUGUCUCAUUACAAUUGUGAUAUUGAUUUUAGGCCAUAUCGCCCAGCCCUAGAUGCAACUAUCAAAUAUUUUAGUAAUCAAGUAUUCUACCAAAUAUUCCAUCAAAUACUCAAUUAAUCAGACCCAAACGGCAGACUCACAUACAGUGAGUUUUCCUACAUCUUAGAUCCAAGCUCCAACCCUGGAGCCCUGCUAUGAAGGCCUGACUCUGAAAAAUAGAGGACAAUUGUGGAACAAGCACAUACAUUAGCGGAUUGCAAUGAGGGUGUAGAGCGUGUCUCAAAAAAGUCAGCACGGGAGAGCAGCUUCUGCCUUGCACUAGUGUAGCGAUUUGAAUUUCAAAAUAAAUGUCGAAAAUUAAUCAAAUUAAAUUAUGACAUUUAUGCACUCGUUGAAGGGGCACCACCCACCUUUCUGGUGGGAAAAGGACGAAACAAAGUUCAAUUGAGUAAUUAAACGUUGAAUCAGUCUUAAACAGAUUUAAAUCAGUCUCUCAUCUGAGGCCGGAAUUCUUCAUUCAGGGACUACUUUCUGGAAAGACCACUAAGAGGCGACAAUUUAAAAUUAAAUGGACAAUUUAUUAACAAGCUAUAUGAUAACAAAACGUCAAUAAAUGAUGAUCAAAUAAUGAGAAUAUCAAAGCACAUCUAAUGAAUAAACAAAGGAAUGGUUUAUAUCAAACCUAAGACUGGAGGUUAAUGAUAGUGAGUGAAUAAGGGAAAAUUUAACCUACGUUAACGGAGUUACGAGGGUAAAUUUAAAAGGAAUUGAGAGGACUAAACUAUAACUUAUGAGAGUAAGCUACUGAACAGUUGACGGCAUCACCCAGUUCUCAUCACAGCAGUUUCGAGGAGUUUGCCUACUUUGGAUGUCGGUUCUCAGCGGCACUCUUGGAAUGGAUCAGCUGAAGUUCUGUGGAUACCGGACCGGCGUGAAGAUUCGGCGGGGUUUCUCCGCCGUGAAUGGAUCUCAGGCUUCAGACCGUGUCAGCGCCAUUAGAUACUUCAGAUCUCUGGGCCUCUCGGAACCAGGUGGCAAAGCAGCUCGGCAGAUGAUGCUGGUCGGCGUUCAGGACUAGCUUGGUUGCAGAUUAAUUCGCGCCAAUAACUUAAGAAAAUAAUUUCGCUGGCCAGCCGAUAUUAUCUUCAGGAGUCACUUUAGCGAACAAAAAUAAAAUAAAAGACUUAGACUGAGGUUCUCUUAUGCGCGCAGCUUGUUACUGAUGCUUUAAAGGAACUUGGGUAUGGUUUCAUCCAAGUUUCUGGAAAAAUCUGAGCUUAAGGCAAUUAAUAAAACGCGGAGAAAAUUGCAAACGAUGGACGAAGACAAAAGAAAAACUACGAACAAGACUAAAACAAAAGACUAGACUCAAACGAAGACUAACUAAACAAGACUCAAGGGCGGCCAGAGCUCAACUCUUUUUAAGCGGUUCACGUGGGCGUGAACCAAAGAGAAAAGGGGGGGAACAUCCCCAAUGCAGCCCAUCGACUGGCAGCGAAUUAACUCAACUUGAUAUUAAAAGUGAGCUAGAUCUAAUUUACUCACUCACUAUGAUUAAACUGUUUGUAACAUCACAUACGAUCACAUUUCACUUCAUUGUUUCUUAUGAGCAGAUGCAUUAAAGCAUGACAUUGAAAACAGUAAACUUUUGAUCAGCCGUUUUCUUGAUAAUAACAGAGGAUUAACGACUUUUGAAAGUUAGAGAGGGACAGAAAACAAAUUAUCUAUUCGAACAGAAACACCAUCCAGCAUAAGAAACACAUACGUGAUAAUACUUGACAACAAUAUAACCUUGUCAAUCAAGCUUCAUAAAUGAUUAACAUAUAUAUUUGUGUGAGGUAGAUAAAAACAUAGUAUGGAUACAUUCAAAAACUCUUAACUUGAGUCUAAACGAGUUUCCCGUUACUACUUCUAAAACUACAAGCCUAUUUUGGGAAUACCAUUUACUAAGCUACGAAGUGUAUACAACAAAAGGGAAGAAAUACACAUGAUUAGAUUCCUGCCAUUUGGCUCUGAUCAAACCAUAUUCAGGCAUCACCACUAGGAGGAACUCUUGAUCCAUGGAAAACCUGGAAUAAAUUUGUGAAGUUAACAGUUUGGCUUGUAGAUAUGCUACAAAACUGGGAAAAAGACCAUUUCAUUAAUGAGGUGGUGUACAGAUAGAAAAUUCUGGUGAAGUGUCCAUUAAGCAUGAAGUUAAACCAUUUUCAGGCAUCCUCUUCCUCCUGCACCUUAAAGAAAGCCAUAGAAAAACACAGUCAUUCAAAGGAUUUAUGGCAGGGAUCUGUUUCCAGCACAUGGCGCCAAAUGCAGCCUUGUUUCCAUUUGGGUCAUCUUGUUUAAUCUGAGGUGUCAACUCUGAUCUUUCCCAGCCAGGGUGAGAGGCUCCAUGUUUAUUGGUCUGUGUGGUUGAUAAGCAACUUGUCUUUUUGGGAAGCGUUAAUGAUUCAUUAUCACCUCCCAAAUGGAACUUCCUGAGUCGUAAACUGGAAAUUGGUGUGAACCAUUACUCCCCCAUUUCCUCUCCAAACCAAGGGAGACUGCGUAAUAAUAAUAAUGCAUCAGUUUUCAUAUAGCGCUUUAUCAGAGACCCUCAAAGCGCUUUACAUUGGAUACAUCAUUCAUUCGCUCACACAAUCACACUUUGGUGGUGGUGGAAACGUGGCUGCCAUUCUGCGCCUACGGCCUCUCCGACCACCACCACACAACACUCGCAAUCAUACACCAGUGGAGGACACACACUGCAUUCCUUUGAGGGGUGAAUUAAAGGUGGAUAGCAGAAAGCAGUCGUCUUGUUACACUAGGGAGCAGCAUCAGCCUCACAACUGUAGCAAUUUGAAUAAAUAUCUGAAGAUUAAGAAUCUCAAACUAUGACAUUUAUGCACUCGUUGAAAGGGGCACCACCUAGCCUUAAUGGUGGGAAAAUAAAGAAAAACAAAAGUUUGAUUUCGAAAUCAAACAUUAAGUCAAUCUUAAAUUAAUCAAUCUCAUAUCUCAAGCCGAAAUUCUCAUUUCAGGGACUCCACUUCUGGAAGAAUACUAACAGACAGGAGCUUAGAAAAAUAACAAUCUGUUUAUUACAAGAUAAAUGAUGGUACAACAUACAUGCAAUAAAUGAUGAUAAGAUAAUGAGGAUAAAUAAUAGGUGAAUAAAAAAAGAUUCUGAGUCAGGUUAGGAGCACUAAAGUUAAUGAUAGUGAGUGAAUAUGCUUUAACAUAUUAACCUACACUAACUUUGGUGUCAAGAUAAAUUUGGAUGAACCUAGGAUUUCCAGAGUAGGUGAAUAUCUGAGUUAUGACGGCAUGAGACAGCAUCAGCCCUGUUUGGAGCUCUGGCGGUUUGCAUACUUAAGUGAGACUGGUCCUUGGAGAAGAUGGAGCAGGUACCAAAGGUCCGGGGCUACCGAUGGUUCGAGCGGUUCAGCUCAGAAGACGACUGAAGUCAGUUGUAGGAUGCGCCAGGAGUCGCAGCACCCGGGCCCGAAGCAAAAGCCAGUGCCGUAUGGAUCCUAUUCGAUGCUCCUUUCUCAGUAGUAAGAGCUAAGAGAAAACAAAGACAGAGGGCUAAGCAGUAGAGUAAAGAGGACAAGAGGAAUGUGAGUGUGUAAGAGAGCGAGCAACCCCACUAAACUGGUUUUAUCCUCUCACACUGGGAGUGUCUCUGGUGUGAGUGUGAGGAGAAAGAGGAGGGGUCAUGGGGUCUCCAAGCAGAGGAGACCUCAGAUCUCUGAUUAUUUGAUCUAACUUAUACUUUUGGCUGGUAAGAGUCAGAUCUGAUACUCACUCACUAUGAUUAAUAUCAUUGAAUGCUUUGUUUUAUGAAAUAAUUUGAUAUUAAACACAUAUGAAUGAAAUGUAGGAUCACAUCAAACAUUCUCAUUAUGUUUUAAGUAUCACAUUGAACAUGCUAAAUUACUCUGAAAUUUAACAGAUAGUAACACAUAGAAACUGUGAACAACAAGAGUAAACACAUGUGAAUGAACUUCAUCAUGAUUAAUAAUGGAUUCUAAAUACUCACAUUCAUUAUAACCACCAAAUGGUAAAAAAAAAAAAAAAUAAACAAUUAAAAUAUUUAAUAUAUAUAUAAAUUAAGCGAAGAAGAGUCACGAUCUAUGGUAGACCCAAUCACAAAAGAAGAAAUUGAGGAUGUGAUAAAAAGCUUAAAAAACAACAAAUCUCCAGGAGUAGAUGGCUUCCCGGGGGAAUUUUAUAAGUGUUUUGUGAAAGAGAUCAGUCCCCUUUUACAGAGGGUAUUUCAUCAUGCCCUUGGGGAAAAGGAGCCUCCUAAGAGUUGGUCAGAGGCAAUUAUCACUGUGAUUCACAAAGAGGGGAAGGAUCCCACUUUCUGUGCCUCAUAUAGGCCUAUAAGCCUAUUAUGCAAUGAUGUGAAGAUACUGAGCUCUAUUAUGGCUAGAAGAAUACAGAAGUGCAUUACAAAAAUAAUCAACCCAGAUCAGACAGGCUUCAUGCCUGGAUGUCAAGGAAUACAUAAUAUAAGGAGAACAUUGAACGUAAUAUCUAUAGCUUGUAAAAGUAAACAAACCUCUAUGCUCCUGAGCCUAGAUGCGGAGAAAGCCUUUGACAGACUAGAUUUCCAAUACUUGGAACAUGCUUUGGACAAAAUGGGAUUUCAUUCAAAUUUCAUUGACUGGAUCAAAGUUCUGUACUCUGAUCCAGUAUCAAACGUUAGAGUCAAUGGCUAUACAUCUGACCAAUUUAAGUUGAGGAGAGGGGCAAGGCAGGGAUGCGUUAAUAAGGGGAAAUCCGAAUAUAUCUGGAAUAUCAAACAGUUGCAAGCCACAUGUCAUAUCAUUAUAUGCAGACGACGUCAUUCUAUACGUUAGUAAUCCCUUGGAGUCAAUCCCAGUGAUUAUGGACUGCUUAGGCAAGUUUGGUUCAGUGUCGGGAUACAAAGUUAACGAAUCUAAAUCAAAAGCAAUGAUGCUGGCCGGGGAGUUCCCACCCCAGUUGGCGGGGAAGGUAGCAUUUAACUGGUCACCCCAGGGUUUUAGAUACUUAGGGAUUAAGAUAACACCAGACACUUCAAAACUAUACAAAGCCAACUAUGGUAGAUUAAUAGACCAAAUAAAAUCUGAUCUGGCACGCUUGGAGAUUCUCCCACUUUCAUUGUUUGGCAGGAUUGAAACGAUCAGGAUGAACAUUCUACCCAGGCUGUUGUCUCUUUUCCAGGCAUUGCCUGUCUGGAUUCCUGAAUCCGUGUUUAAAUCACUAGAUAAUAUGAUGUCUACAUUUAUAUGGCAAAAGAGGAAACCGAGGAUCAAAUGGAAAAUGCUUAAUACCCAAAAGAACAAGGAGGACUCAACCUCCCAAACCUGAGACAUUAUCAUUGGGCGGCACAGCUGAACGGAAUAGUUGAAUGGAUAAAGCAGGAUAACGAUACAAACUGGCUAGACCUGGAAAGAAACUCAUGUCCAAGGGUUCCUCUUGAGUCAUUACCCUCUUUGGAGUUAAAAAAGUGGAAUAAUCUUAAAUUGGAUAACGAAUGGAUGAGUUGUACCUACAAAGUCUGGUCUUUGGUGAGGAAAAAAUGUAAGAUGUCUUUAUCAAUAUCAAGAGCCACCAGAAUAGAUAAGAACGAGGAGUUUAAACCAAGCAAACUGGACUCUGGGUUUAAAGUAUGGAUAGACAAAGGACUUGUCACGAUACACCAGCUGCUUGAAGGGGAUUCUAUUAAAUCAUUCAAAAAUUUACAAGAUAAAUUUGGGUUGGAUACAAAAGACUUUUACAAAUAUCUACAGAUGAGAAGCUAUUUACUGUCACAUAAGGACUGGGAGACUAUCAGGCGACCUCCGACCCCUCUGGAAUUAUUUUUGAUUAGGACAACAGAAGAGAAAAAGGGGAAAAAAAUUAUCUCACAAAUAUAUAGCUGUCUGCAAUCCCUCACCUCAGGGAAUACAAAGGAAAUAAAAGCAAAAUGGGAAGUGGAAAUGACUGUCAAUAUAGAGGAUGAGGAAUGGGAGACAGCCUGUGAAGGAGGUCACAAAAUCACAAACAGCCCACAGUGGAAAGAAUUUAAUUGGAAAUUAAAAAUGAGAUACUUCAGAACACCUUCUAUGAUAUCCAGAUUCGAUAAAAACAGCUCAGAGUUGUGUUGGAGGGACUGUAAGCGGAUUAGUGACCACACCCAUAUUUUCUGGGAUUGCCCUAAAUUGAAAACAUACUGGGAGGGAAUACGCAGAGAAAUAUUGGCUAUUUUGAAUAUAAACUUGCCACUAGACCCAAAAGUGUAUAUAAUUGGAGCGGUUCCAGAGGGGUUCGUUAGUAAAAACUAAGGGUGUGGAAAAUAAUCUAAAUUAAUCGAUGCAUCGAGGCGCAUGUGCGCGAUGCGACUGCGUCGGCUCAUUCACUGGGUAUCGAUGCAAUUGACGGGUUAAAUCUAGAUUCAUCUAGAUGCGUUGGUGGGUAUCGGUAAAAUCCGAUGCAAGCGCCGUUUUAUUCAUGUUAAACUUCACCCCACCUGCUGUUCCCCAGGCGCAUUGAAUGCACCAUCAUUAUUUCGCGUUUUGUAUUGAAUACGGAUGGAAGCCGUGAGGGACAUACAAUGCACUACUAGUAAAACAGCAUGGACCACAUUCAAGUGAGCAGCAGCGAGGAAGAGUUUAUAUGUAAUGCACCCGCUACGUUUAAAUCAUAUGUUUGGAAACACUACGGAUUUGCAAAGAAAGACGGAAAGCUCGACAAAACGUCUGUCAUUUGCAAAGAAUGUCGCAUUAAGAAGCUGUACAACGGCAGCACGACAAACAUGCAGACCCACUUAAAAAGAGUACGCCACAUCACCGACAAGUCUAACGCCACCUCCCCUCCCUUAACAUUGAUUGCACUGUUGAAAGUGUCACUUUAGGUUACUCAUUGAGAGUGUUUUGUUGUUGCUGUUUACUGUACUUUUUAGAGCAGUAAUUACUGUGCAAUUGUUUUACUCUUUUAUUAUUGCAGAACUCACUCAAAUCACUGAUUUUCAGUGGCCAGUUAGAAAGUCAACUCUAGCACAUUGGUUUGGCAGACAGUAGUAUGGCCAUUGAAUGGUUUAUUUGCACCAUGUUAGGCAGUGCAUUAGUUUUUUAAUAAUGUGUACUGUAAUAUUACCCAACAAGUAUAGAGCACUUGUGUGAUGUAGGUUUUUUUUUUUGAUUUUAUUGAUUCAGAUUCCUUAACAGUUGCAGGAGGUCUGUCUAAUCUGUGUAACUGUACAAAAUGGAACCCAAAGGAGCAUAGAAAAAAGACAAAAAGCACUUUUGUUGAAUUUACUGCCAAGUGCCUUUAAGGAAUAAAGCCAAAUCAUUUUUGUAGUACCAUACUGAAUUCCAUCUUUUAUUUUUAUUUCUUUUUUUUCUUUGCUUAUUUGCAUCAUGUUGAAUUGCAUCAUAUCGCAACAAAUUGCAUCAUAUCGGAUCGGAUCGCAUUGAUUUGAACUAAAUGAUUAUCGUAUCGCAUCAUGAAGAGGGUGAAUCGUUUCGCAUCAUUUCGCCCGAAAAUUCCAUGUAUCGUUAAAGUAUCGUAUCGCUGGCAGUGCAUCGAGAUGCGUAUCGAAUCGUCCUCAGUGCUGAGAUUCACACCCCUAGUAAACACGUGUUACACAUUCUACACAUUCUCUUACUGGUUGCAAGAAAGAUGAUCACCCUAUCAUGGCUGCGACCAUUACCACCUACAAUCAACCAAUGGCAUGAGAGGUUGCUGAAAGUAUAUAAUAUGGAAAAGAUCACUGCGAUGCUUCAGAUGAAGUACGACACAUUUCUAAAAAACUGGGCCCCACUGAUACAUUACCUUAAGCUUUCUACAUGAGGGUAAACGUAUGAGCUAUGCUUAUACUGAGCAAGACGAAGUUGUAAACCCCUAAUUCGAAGCCUGCCCCAUGUGUAUUCCCAUUCAAAGUAUCAAUUUACUUAAUAUGUUUGCUGUGUUGUUUUUCUUUUCUUUUUUUUUUCUGCGCGCUAGUUUUUCGUUCUGUGUCGAUGUUCUAUGUUCUUAUUAUUUUACUCUGGUUUGUUUGCUUGCUGAGAGAUGUCUUAUACUUUGUAAUUGUAUUGCAACAUAAUGGCAAAUAAACACCUUUGUUCAAAAAACAAAACAAAAAAAAAAAAAACAAUUAAAAUAUAAACCAAACAUUUCUAAACCAUCUCUGUUACUUAGAGUAAAGUUAUGAUUCAUAGUCAAAAAAUUUAACUCUUUAAAGUUCAUGAAACAGUCUGAAAAGCUGUUGGUCUAAAGAAACUAGAGAAUAAGGAUUUAUUCUGUCAGAGUGAUAACUUGGCUUCUGGAGCACAUAGAAAAAUGGGACACAUGUCAUUUUAACACAAAUUUCAUGAUUAGACAGAUUAGUACAUUGCUGAAUGCAUGAUGAUGUCAUGAUCAGUCAUUUGUAUUCUUUCACCAAAGGAAUGCAGUUUUUAUCAGUACAUGGUUGAGCAAGGUUUUACGACCGAGGUCUGGAGGUCAGUGUCCUGCUCCUCAGACCUUAUCUUGGGGUCCGUAUGUUUAAGACGGUAAAUCUCAAAUGGGAGACCUGGAUUGAGGCAUGAAUGAUUAUUUAGACAGUCAGCAAUGGAGUCAGUUUGAAAGGUAAUAAAAACUCUGUCUCUGUUCUCCGAAUUGACCAAUUGUGAAGAGUCAGAGGUUUGGUCAACCUCCGGUCGGGUCAAUUAGGUAACCUGAAAGUGCAAAGAAGUCUGGAAAGAUUUAUAUCCGUUGUCCUGGGACCAGAUAAGGAAACUUUCCUGCGAGGAAUGUGUGAGUUUCACAUACAGGGUUGUCUUGAUUGCUCCACAACCAAUCAGGUCGGAGAGGUGGAAAACGGCUUUUUCACAGUCCGAAUUGGCGGACCACUCAAAAAUUCUAAAAUGUUGACAACACAGACAGAAGGGAGCACAGUGAUAUCGUCAUAUUCUCAAAAGUCAUCAAUACCUUAUAACUGUUGACUGAUAUUAAAAGCUUUUUUGUAAAUACACCACAAAAAAAGAUGCUUCUUUAAAGACCCGCUCUGUUGAUAAUCAUGUUUUUCUUGUUGUCUACAUGUCCAUAUGGCAUUUUUCUGAAGCUACAGGACAUAAUCUGGAAAACUAAGUACAAAGUUGCAUUUCUGAGUGUUUCUGCAUUCAAAUGGCUGUGAAUUUCUGGCAAAUCCAAACGGCAGGGUCAGAUACAGUGAGAUUUCCUACAUAGCAAAACCAAGCUCUGUCCUAUGCAGGCCAGCCUUGGAGAAAUGGAGAGAACAAUCACAAAACAAGCAUGUGUGUUAGCGGAUUGCAAUGCUUGUAAGAAAGCUAAUUCUGAUAUUUGCUUUCAUCAUGCCCCUAAAGACAUCAGUGUCCGAAAACCGAAUAGCUCCUAUGUUACCUGCUUCCUCUACUACACCGGCGAUGUUAGGCUGCAAGCUAGCAUGAAGAGGAGUGUGCAGAGCAGCGCUGUCUCUGCCCACGACUCAGAGAUGAAUUGCUAAUGAGCUACUGGAGCUCUGCAGAAGAAAAGCCCUUGAAAAUGACACAGGCAACAUGAUUUUGGCUAAAAACGUCAUGGUUAUAACUUUAAGACCACUGAUAAGAGUAGUAAAAAAAAAAAAAAGUCCCACCUUUAAGGUUGGGACUUGACUGUUGCGAUUUGGCGCUAUAUAAAUAAUUGAUAAAGAAAUUGGUGACAGUCUGAAAUGUGAUUCGAGCAAUUUGAGAAAAAGAGGAGAUGAGAGAAAAAACUGGGAGUAGAGAAGGAGAGGAUUCAGAAAAAGAGGGGACAUCAAGCAGUUAACUCAUCUUUGUGACGUUUAAGCUCAGACAGCAGCAGACAACACAUGAAGCCUUAUUUUCAAAAGGAUCAUUAAAAUGAACCUAACCAUCCAGCAGAGGAAUUUUACCAUCUCUCUGUCAGACCUGAAACCAUAGACUGUAUAUACCAGUGGUCUCCAUAUGGCGGACCGCGGUCCACUUCCGGACCGGGAAAGAGUCCAAUACGGACCCGAGCCUACCGCAGAAAAAUGUAUGUUUUUUUCUCUCUUGUAGGCCUGCACGAUAUACGUGUGUGCGAUAGUCACAUCGCAGAGCCUGCGAUGUCGGAGGUGAAUGAACUCAGUUAAUUUCAAGGGUAGCUGACUGAGAUACACUGCAUGUGACUCUGCAUGUGCUUUGCAGCGAUCCACCAAUCAGACUCAGUUCUCAGUUGCCAAUCAGACUACCCUGCCAGCUGUCAAUCAAAAUCAGAGCGGAGGAAACCCACCCCUGCACAUGUUCUGCACAUGGGGGGAGACGCGUGUCCGCUGAGAAUUACUUUCGGAACUUUACUGACCGUUAAGCCCAACAAAUAAGAACUGUAUGGGUUUUAAAAUGUAUAUUUCCGUGGACCACUCUACUAUAAGCGGUGCGCGUUUUGCGAGGUGCAUGCAAUUCUUGAAGGGACAUGCGUUUCUCGGCACAACACCGCUAAAAACAACAACAACAAUGCAAAAUGAGCAACGAACAAGAGAAAACCACCGAAAAUGAAGAUUUGUUGCCAAAAAGAAAAGGAAAGUUAGUUAUCUGGAAUUAUUUUGGUUAAAAGAAGGAUGAUGUUGACCAAAACACGUGUUCUGUGUUCAUCUGUCGCCACAAUAACGUCCCAGCACAAUAAAAGCUAAAAAUAUCUCUGAGACAGACAGAAGCCAUUCUAACAUUCACAAAAAGAGGUAAGAUCAGUGCAGGUUAACUGUCCUCAAGACUUCAGCAGUGCAGUAUAACAUUAAAUGCUAUUCAGGUCAUCUGGUGAAAAUUCCUAUAUUUUUAAUAUCGCAAUAUAUAUCGCAGGGUUGAAAAAAAUCGCAAUGUUAGUUUUUUCCGAUAUCGUGCAGCCUUACUCUCUUGCUUUGUGCCUGGUUCAGUAAAUUACACGUGCAAUUUCAGCAAGGCAUUACAUCACUUGCUUACUCCUUGACUUGUCAAUCAAAUCAGACCUCUUAGCCUACUCGACACGCGAAGAUUACCGAACAAUCCCGAUGUUGAAAACUGUCAGGCGGCAGACUGACGAGAAAGUUGUAGCAGCAGCUAAACAUGUCGGCUUAAAAACCACGAAAGGUAGAGAAUGAGAGCAGGGUGUUUUAUGGCGAGUGGACCGAGUCAUUUGCAUUCAUUUUACCCGCAGGAAGCACACAGCCAGGCAGUUAUUGGCAAUACAAAUGAAGUGAAUAUUUCAAACAUUGCGCAGUUGCAUUCUAUACACUCCACCACUUGUGCAGUAGCAUUGUAUGCAUUUGGCGGGAGAGUCGCCGAAAGUCGCUGUGAUGACGCCCUGCUCAAACAGCGUAUCCCCAGGGUGAGCUAUGCAAUCUUCAUAUGCCCAAAGACUGUAUCAAGUGUCAAUCAUAGAAAACAUCAACCCCCUAAUAACUUUUAAAAAUGGAGCUGCACAGAAAAAGGAGGACUUGAGCACAAUCCAUUUUUACAGUAACUACAUGCAAACAUCUCAAGCAGCGGGGAGAAAAAAUUAUAUUCUGUGUAAUAAACUUCUAAAGUUUGUCCACAGCUCCAUAAAGAUAGCUGGUGAAGGCAGGAUUUAUGACCUAUACUGCAGCCCAUCACCAGAGUGUGCUGUUUUUGGAGUGGCUUCACCCAGCGAGGAGGCAGACGGCGUCCAUUCUAUAUACAGUCUAUGCCUGAAACCAACCCAGACCCUCUCAGGCAGCCCUUAUAAUCAGCUAGCUACAGCAUGCCUGUAUUAUCCGUAUUUCUUAUGUUCAUUCAAAUGGAGCUUAAUGAGCAAUGAAUAAACAUUUCAAAGCCUCAUAUCCUAUUUCUGGAUAGCUACAUUAAUAUUGAAUAACGCUAUUAUAAAGUAGGUGUAUUUGCUCUGUCAUAGGGCAUGAACUUCACAGUUGAGUCUGUAUUUUUUUUUGUUUUUUUAUUUCACUUACCAUUUCAAUCAGCAGUAUUAUAAAAAGAUGAGUCAAUGCCAAACGUUUGGAUAACACUGUGAUUGUCAAACUUUUCUGCCCCCCUUUGGUGGUGAACAUUUCUGAACAAAAUUAGGACCAAGAAUGAAGUUGUUAACGUCCUGGAAAAGUCAUUACCCUCUCUUUUAUUCAUUUCAGUUUGGCAUAUUUGUAGUGUGGCUGGUGAGUUGUGAGGACCCAGAAGCAGACACAGAGACUGAGAUCAACUUAAGGUGUAAUUUAAUGUUCAAAAAAAGGUUGUAAAUGCAAAAGAGGAAGUCCGGUAGGCUGGCUGUCAUGUGAGCUGUGUCCGAAUUGCCAAGUAGUAGUUGAAGUAGUAUCUAGCAUGUCCGAAUUGGCCACCGGAGCGAGUAGCAUGCUACUUCAGAUACUGCUUCAGAUAUGCCCACAUUGUAGGUUGGUCUUGGUGCAUCAUACGGGCAUGCUACUGACCCAAAAUGCACAGCGGGCUUCUUCUUCGUCCUCUUAAAAGUUGUAGAAGCGCAUGUGAUGCUAGCGCCACCAGCUGCUGCCUAUUUACUCAACUCAACUCAACUCAACUCAACUUUAUUUGUAGAGCACUUUAAAACAACCACAGCUGUACAAAGUGCUGUACAUAACAGGACAAAAACAACAAGAUAAAAAACAAUCAAGAAACAAUUAAAACAAUGGAUAAAAUAAAAGCAGAAUUAAUAAUAAAAUAUAGCUUCAAUGUUUUUAAAAACUAAUUUAAAAACAUAGAAACAAAUAACUAAAAACAAACCAUAGAACACUAAAACAGGAGCCGAGUCUCAUGCAGGGUUAAAAGCCAAUGAAUAAAAAUGGGUUUUAAGACGAGUUUUAAAAAUGGACAGUGUGGGGGCUUCUCUAAUUUGGAGGGGUAGCUCGUUCCAUAAAAUUGGGGCAGCAACAGAAAAAGAUCUAUCCCCUCUGAGCUUCCGUUUGGACCUCGGUACCUCCAGGAGCAGCUGAUCAGCUGACCUGAGGCACCGAGCUGGGGUGUAGGGGUGGAGAAGCUCAGAGAGGUAUGAUGGAGCCAGACCAUUUAAAGAUUUAAAAACAAAUAAAAGAAUCUUAAAAUGAACUCUAAAAUGCACAGGUAACCAGUGGAGGGAGGCCAGGAUGGGAGUAAUGUGCUCCCUCUUACGUACUCCAGUUAAGAGCCGGGCGGCUGCGUUUUGAACUAACUGGAGACGUGAGAAGGAGGACUGGCUGACUCCAAAAUAAAGUGCGUUACAGUAAUCCAGCCGAGAUGUAACAAAGGCAUGGAUUACUGUUUCAAAGUGCGUACGUGAAAGAAAAGGCUUUGCCUUCGCCAGCUGCCUAAUAUGAUAAAAACUGGAUUUCACUACGGAGCUAAUUUGCCUGUCGAAUUUAAAAUCACUGUCCAUCUUAAAACCCAAAUUUGAGACGGUUGGCUUUAAAUAAUCUGCUAAAAUACCCAAGUUUACAGGAGGGGUUUCACAAGGGCCACUGGGACCAAAGACCAUCACUUCCGUUUUUUUUUCAUUGAAGUUUAAGAAAUUCAAAGCCAUCCAGGCUUUGAUGUCUUCAAGACACGCCAGAAGUGGAGUGAGGGAGAAAGCAUUUUUUUUGUUAAGUGGCACAUAUAUCUGACUGUCAUCAGCGUAACAAUGAAAUGAAAUGCCAUGCUUUCUCAAGAUGGAUCCCAGGGGCAGCAAAUAUAAAGAAAAGAGCAGGGGCCCUAAAAUCGACCCUUGUGGAACCCCAUACGGCAGUGGAGCAGAGCUGGACUUUAUAUCUCCAAGGCUCACGCUCAUAGUUCUGUCGGUCAAAUAAGACUUGAACCACUCUAGUGCAGUACCACGGACACCUAUAAGGUAGCUUAGCCGAGCCACCAGAGUAUUGUGGUCCACUGUGUCGAAGGCUGCAGUUAGAUCUAACAGAACAAGAAUAACAUAAUCACCAGAGUCAUUUGCCUGGAGGAUGUCGUUAAAAACUCUUAUUAAAGCAGACUCUGUGCUGUGGCGAGAUUUAAAACCAGACUGGAAGACCUCCAAGACACCAUGCUCAUCCAGAAAAGACUUUAGCUGAACAUGAACAUUUAGAUGCGUCGCGAACGCCGGCUGGCCACAGCAGCGCGCACCAUGUCGGAGCAGCAGCAGCAGGCGGGACCGCAGCAGUACAGAUGUAAAUUUCAUGUAACUUCACACACUGUCCUAAAAAAUGUGCGGUUGUAUCUCUUUGUCAUGUCAUGGUGUCAUAUUUGCCCAAGUAAUCAUUUUAUGAGCAAAUAUGUGGCGACAUCAUGGAGGUAAAGCUCACUUAUUCCAUCAUUAAAUUGCACAGCUGCAGUAAUCAGGCAGAUCUCAUGGAACAAACGAUCACCACGUGAGUGAAUGAAGGCUAAAAGUAAUGGAAAAGCUACUUUGUGAAUUUCUAAAGCAGUGCAGGAAUAUAAUACAGCAGCAUCCAUCACUUGCACAAUUACCAUUCAAAGAGUCUAAAACUGUAACAUGACUUGGAGGGGACAGAGAGCAGACCUAAACAUUCGUCAGCUUUCUGUUUUCUACCAUUUUUAGCCAAGGUUUGUUUAUUCCAGUAGCAUGUGUAUUUCUUAGGGACGGACGACCAGACUGAACAUUUAAUCAGGUGGCGGCUCAGCCAUGACCACCUGUACAGCGGGCGCAGAAAUACGGCCAGGAAGGCAUUUGAGUAAGUCAAGCCAUUCAUAUGUUUCAUGAUUCUUCAUACAAUACGUGUGUCUAAUUGUUACCUCACAAUACACUGUGUUUGGCCUUCAGGAGGUUCUUGCAGGACAGCCCCAGCCUCCCGCCUCACAUCACGGCUGAGAGUGCCAAAAAAAAAUGGGACAACCUGAAAGACAAAUAUCGAGUAUGUUGGGCCAACAUCUGUCAUCAACAGUCAAUCCUCCUGUUAAUUAUGAAGGUUAAUCUUGAUACUCUCAUGUCCUACAGAGACUGAAGGCUCCCAAGACAGGCGUCAGCACCGAGGGUGGUGAGGAUACAGCAGCGUCCUGGCCAUGGUUUGAGCUGAUGGAUGAGGCUUUAGGGGAGCGGCCCAACAUCACGCCACCAUGCCUCAUCGCAUCAGCUGGCCAGGAUGCUGGUGUAUCCUCACCACCCUCAGCCAUGGUGACGCCUGCAGAAACACCCUGCAGCUCCCCAUCAACCUCCAGCUCCACCACACGGCCCUCCAGCUCCACCACACGGCCCUCCACGCCCACAGAGGCUUCCACCUCCACCGCUGCUCCACGCUCCACCUCACCACCCGCCAACCCUCGGAGCCAGGGCAGCUCUCCACCAAGGAGGGGGAGGAGGAGGAGGAGGCCAGCAUUAGAGGACAUGUGGCAGGAGGUGGAGGCCAGAUUGGAGGAGCAGGAGAGGGAGGCUGAAGCCAGGGAGGAGAGGAGGUGGAGGGAGUGGAUGGACAGAGAGGAGAGAAGAGACAGGGAAAGGGAGGAAAGGGAAGAAAGAAGAGAGAGGGAAAGGGAGCAAAGGGAAGAAAGAAGAGAGAGGGAAAGACAGGAGAGGGAGGACAGAAGGGACAGGGAGGCUUGGGAGAGGGACGAGCGCUUUUUAAACAUUUUGGACCUGCUGGCCAGGAGGCAGUAGGAGUUUUGUGUUAGAGGAUUUCAGUGUGUGUAUGUUUAAUGUAGGCGAUUGCUUUAUGUUUGAGUAGGGGGCCCGACAUUUUAAAUGUUACGGUUUUUUGUUCUUAAAUGCCUCUGUUUCUGUUAUGGCACUAUGAGUUUUCCUGAAGAUGAUUCGCCUCUCAUCCAAGAAGCUUGAUUUGAUUUUAUUUAGCACAUUUGUUAAAAGGACAAUACAAUUGUAACAAUAGAGUAAAACAUAGAAAAUAAAGUGCCAGGGAGAGGCAAAGAAGCCCACAGGGCUUAUGUGAGGCCUCUACCUAUGUAGAACAUACAAUUUUAAAGGGGACCUGCCACCAAAAUUUCAUACCAAUUUUUAUCAUUUUUUCAUAAUCCUUGAUGUCCUCUGAUCAUGUUUGCAACAUAAUUUUAGCUGAAAAGUUAUUUGAUGGUUUGUUUUAGUAUGCCUAAAAAACCUUACAGGAAAACCAACUGGUUUUGGCUCAUUAACAUUUAUGGUAAUGAGCUUUGCUCUGAUUGGAUCGCUGCUGUGAAGCCUGCUGUGCUCUGAUUGGCUCAGCAGUGGAGGUUCGGAUUUCGGUUUAUCCAUUGUUAUUAUGCUAAUGCUAAUAGCAUAUGCUAAUGUGUGCUAAAGUAAGGUGCCCAGAUGUCUGUAAUGAUAUCCGGGGAUAUUCGGUGCGG